AUGGAUGCGGCCGCGAUCGAAGGCUUCGUGAAAGCCCUCGGAGGCGGUGUCGGCGCGCUCUUCUCAACGACGGUGCUUUACCCAUUGGAGGUCACCAAGACGAAGGUGCAGGCCUUCGCAGGAGAAGCAAGUACGGAUGAGGGCUUCGAUGAGGAGAAGCAUCAGGCCAUGGGCAACACCUUCCGGGCACUGCACUACACCUGGAAGAGGGAAGGUUCUCAAGCUUUGCUGGCCCCCUGGGCACCCGGCUGGCCGAGCACCUGCCUGGACCAAUUCGUCUUCAACUUCGUGUACUACUACUUUUACGAGUCCUUCAUGGCUCUUUGGCGAAGCCUUGUUGGCCACGUAACGUACCGUGCCAACAUGCUAAUUGCCACCGCUGCAGGAGCAGUUAUGCAGCUCACGACGCUGCCCUUGCAGAACCAUUCUACCAGGAUGCAGACGCAAACUGAGCGACGAAGCAACUGGGCUACGGCGCUGGGCAUGUACAAGGAGGAUGGCCUGAAAGCUUUCUACAAAGGCCUGUUGCCUUGUUUGCUGCUGUCCGUGAACGCAUCGAUUCAGGACACGAUCUAUGACACCAUCAAAAAUGCGUGGCUGAGGCGAACAAACCGGAAGAACACCGACAGCAUUCGCAUCGGACUGACGGCUGGUCAGGCAUUCUGGCUUGGGCUGGGCAGCAAGCUCAUUGCCUCGACAGUUUGUUAUCCUCUGACUCGUGUGAAGCAGAUGUGCCAAGCGCAGACAAAACGAUCGAGGCACCGGCAAGAGUGCCAAAAAAGAGAUGUGGCUGCAGAGCCCCUCAACAUGUUCGAGAUGGCGAUGAAAGUCUACAGAGCAGAUGGAUUGCGUGGUUUCGUGUACGGCAUUGAAGGGCAAGUCUUUAAUGCGUCUGUGAAAGCAGCCUUAAACAGAAUGGUCAAAGAGCGCAUUCAAGUGCUCAUCUUUUUCCUUCUGUUCCCUAACAGAUUUCGCAAGAUGCGAGAAGCUGCUAGACUAGAAGCUGGGGCAUAG